AUGUCUCUUCGUAAAUGUGUUAAAUGUACGCAAGUUGUUCCUGCUAAAGAGGCUAUACAUUGCAGUCGUUGUGAAUGUAUCACACAUGUCAAAUGCAUCAAUGACAGCACAAAGUUUUCUGAAAAUAUUAAAGAUUUUUUAAAGAUUUGUAGUGGCCUGAAAUGGUUUUGUGAAAGUUGUUUAGAUCAGCUAUNUGAUAUGAAUUCGUUGUUAAAAUCAAUUAAUAUCAGUAGAUAUGAAAUGUUAGCAAAAUUGGAUGUAAAUAAAGACGAAAUCUUGUCGAAAAUAGAUAAACUGGACGAAAUGAACAUGAUGGUUAAAUCAGAAAUUGAAAACAUAAAAUCAAUAAUAAACUCGAAUGAAAACAAGUAUAGUCAGGUUAACCGCUCUGACGACGGUCUUCGCAGUGAAAUCGAUAAUGAUGUAACUGAAAAAAAUAUUCUUAAGAUAACACGACUUGGUAAGAAGGAUGAAAAUAAAAUCAGACCUUUGUUGGUAAAACUUGAAAAUAUUGGGAUCAAAAAUUUAAUAAUGAAAAACGUGUAUAAAAUAAAAUCACUGGCUGAAGAAUAUGCAGGCAUUGGACUAAGCGAUGACUUAACAAAAGAACAAAGACAGGAAUACAAGAUGCUGGUUGAAAAAGCUAAGAAAUUGGAAUCUGAUGAUAAACGAGGUUUUUUAUUCCGGAUUGAUCUGCCUACUUUUGACACGUUCGAAGUUGUCGCUCUCAAAUUUGUUAUAAUAUAA